ACUAGGCUACCACAUGUUCAUUAUCCUUUAGGAUAAGCUAUUAAGCAAACUAAAAAGAGAAGAGGCGAUGAGUUCUAUAGGGCAAACCAUGUUAAUGGCACUAACAGUUACGGUAAACAAGUAUGCAUCAUCCAAUGUACAAGCAGUUCAUAAUAGAAAACAAGCAAACCCAACUUUGAGAAGCACCAACUUGGAAUUUGGAAGGAGAGGACUCGUCUUAUCCACUGUUAUCGCCGCAACCGCAACUCAAGACCCUGAGUCAAGGACAUUGCUUCUUCAAAAAUAUUUGAAGAAAACAGAGGAAAACAAGGAGAAAAAUGACAAAGAGAGGGUUGAUAGUUAUUACAAGCGUAAUUACAAGGAUUACUUUGAGUUCGUAGAAGGGGGUUUGCAAGGAAAGGAGGAGGGGAAGCUUUCAGAAGCAGAAAAGGGUAUCCUUGAUUGGCUUAAAGCUAACAAGUGAUCAUAUAUUUAUUGUUUUUUUUCUCAAUUACUAGUGUAGCUAGCUCCAAUCACCACCUUAGCUUGUAAAUUUUGAUUUUCUGUUGGAAAAUUUGGAUAUGGUACAGUUUCUUUCUUGCAAGGUUUUGAAUGAAAUUUGCUAGAUUACCGAA